AUGACUUUAACUUCUUCGGAAGGGAAGAUAAUAUUGGUAGGAAAUGCUGGUUCAAGGGUCAAGCAACGCUUUUUCGUCACGUCACAGCUCUACUUCACACUUGAGAGGUCGAACUACGACCUCUCGAUUCCCCAUUACAUUGUUGGGCUAGACUACAUGUUAGCCUUUCGGCGCGUCGACGAACACGCUGUCACCGUGUCGAAACAGACACAGGAUAACUUCAACCAGCUGAUCUGGCAGCUGAUUUACGCUCGCAACAUCACCGACGAGCUCGAAAAGGUUCGUGUCAUCUUCCUUUGGCUGUGCACCAAAGAUCUGCACAAGAUGAAUUUCGACAAUGUCAAGCCCGACUCGCCCGAGGAGAUUCUAAUCGGCAUCCGGACUGGAAAGUCGACAUACGCCCAGAUCUUCCUCACUCUCUGCAGGUAUGCUUUAUUUUUUAUAGUUUCUGCAAACAGCGCUAUAGCCCCUGUCCGGCUUUCUAAACAUACUCAUUGA